UCCAACAUAAUACUGCUAGCAAUGGGAAGAUGCUGCAAAUGUAACAGUAGACUACUGUGCCUGUGUCUCCUGCCUUGUAUGAUGACCGGUCACCUUCUGAUUUACAUUAUGGUGUCUAUAUUCAUCACUAUGUCCUACGCUCCUCCAAAAAUUAUAAUUCACUAUAUUGCCCCAGGCUUCUCUCCUAAUUCCUCAUCUUUGGCCUCCCAUCCACUGAGCCCUUUCUGGAACCUACGUUUGGAGGAUGGCGCAGUAUGGAACCAGUUGCAGCAUGUUUGGGAUCGUCAGCACAAUCCGAUUUUGAGAAAAAACACAACUGGGUCAAUGUGGAAGCCAAAUGCUCAGCUUUUAAUGGAAACUGAAGAUGGAUGCUCUGACUGUAUGUCAGAUGCAUGUUCAGUCCCUCUUAAACAUGACUUAAACAGCUUACCAGAACAAAUGAGGGCAUUUAUCAGGUCAAUGCACUGCAGGGAGUACCCCAUGCUCAUCAAUCAGCCUGGUAUCUGUAGGAGAGGUGCUGAAAUCUACGGAGUGGAUUCUCCCAUGCUUCUCAUGGCCAUCAAAUCCCAAGUUGGAAACUUUGAAAACAGACAGGCAAUCCGUGAAACAUGGGGACGCAGUGGUCUUGUUUUUGGGGAAACAAAUAGGAAAGGGGAACUAGUUCAGACAGUUUUUUUGCUUGGAAGACAGGAUUCAAGUAUGGGUCCUCACCCUGACCUGAAGAACCUCCUAGACCUCGAGAACCAAAAGUAUGGUGAUAUUCUGCAGUGGGAUUUCAGAGACGCUUUCUAUAACUUGACCCUAAAAGACUUGCUGCUUUGGCAAUGGAUUCAGCAGUACUGCCCGACAGCAACUUUUAUUUUUAAAGGGGAUGAUGAUGUCUUUGUUCGAACAGAUGCCCUGCUGGACUACCUGCACAAAAAGAAAGAAGAGCACCGACUGUGGAGGACCAAUGACACUGAGAUGGAUUUGUUCCUUGGAGAUGUCAUCUAUAAUGCAAUGCCAAUUCGUGAGCCGUCUGCAAAAUACUACAUACCAGAAAAUUUCUACAAGGGCGUGUACCCGCCCUAUGCUGGUGGAGGAGGGGUGGUGUAUUCCAGCUCACUUGCAUUACGCCUGAAAGAAGUGUCUAAAAGGGUGCGCCUUUUCCCAAUUGAUGAUGUUUAUCUUGGCAUGUGCCUUCAGAGACUUGGGCUUUUGCCGAGCCAUCACCCAGGUUUUUUAACAUUUGAUCUCCCAGCAACAGACAGGGGCAAUCCCUGUGCAUACAGAUCUCUUCUGCUAGUUCACAGACGCAGUCCAAAAGAGAUGUUGACACUAUGGAAGCAGCUUCAAAAUCUGGCUGGUCAGUGCUGAAGCUCAUUUGCCAAACAAAUUGGAUUCAGUGAGUUUAGUACCAGAUUAAUGCAACCACCAGACUAAUUUGAAAAAAUAUUUAUAUAUAUCUGCUUAUGGUAAGCAAACAAUGCACUGAUGAGGGCACCUACCCUCUGGAGGAUCUUUUUUCUCUGAGGACAAGAAUCUACCUCAAUAGUACAUUUAUUAUGAAACAGAAAAGAGGCACCGACAUUUUAUAAAAUUCCUUUUCCGAUUGCUUUGAGCAACCAGCACAAGUUACACUUUUACAUUGUUAAUUAAAACAUAGUACCUAACUCUUUAAUCUCAAAAGGAAAACACAUAUUCUUUUCAUUUUAAAAUAGCAGGAUUGCAACAAUAAACAAAUCAAUACUUACAUUUAAAAAAAUUACAGUGUCUUUUAUGUACUAAAGUAGUUCAAGGCCUUUUUUUCCUGCAUUGAAUUCAAAUAAGCAACAGACAUGACUGUCAAACAUAGUGAACGAAGAGAAAACUUGCAAAAUGUGCUUAAUCAUUGUAAAUAAUACAUUUUAUACCACUUUUUUGUCAGAUGUAACACUUACAAAAUGAUAAUAAUAUUCUUAAAUGAUAAGACUAUUUAAAGGGCCACAGUCAAACACUACAGUACAAAAACUUUUUACAUUUUUUUUCUGCAUUUUACAAGGAUCUACCGGUAAUUUUUUGUGCUGUCAAUCUAUUUAGUUAGGAAGGACUUAUAGUUUUCAGUUUUAUUUAGAAUAUUCCAAAGAGUCAAAACACUAAAACAACCAAAGCUUACUGCAGCUUUAUGACUCCACAGCUUCUUUGACUGAAACUAAAAAAGCAGUUUGAAGUAUAAAUAUGUAAGAUAAUGUGUUCAUGAAUGCUUUAUUUUCUAUGGUUCAUAGGUGUCUCACAGUUGAGCACGUGUUUUCUAUUGUGUUUCUUUUUUCAUUAAAGCCUUAGUCACAGCUGCCCUUAGGUGGAUACAGGCUGUGGGCACAAAUGGGCAAACCUGUACAAAAUAUCAAGGUUGUAGACUGCUUUGUGAGGUUGUAGAGGGAAAAUGUUCAUGCACAUUUUUUUCCACAGCCAUGCCUCGGUUGUCAGGUCAUAGAGAUCACUUGAGCGUGGGCACCUUUCGGUGCAGCUUGACUGUUACAAAUGAGGACAUUAGACAAUCAGAGUGUAGUUUGUAUGGACAUAUGGGCAUCCUUUAGACACUGACGUAUCACCUGUACUCCCUGUCAGUGCGGCAUUUGCCCAUGAUCAGUGAGGACCCAGUACUUGCAUCUUACCAAUGACUAAGAAGUAGUGUUAAGAUCCAGGCCUUGAGAGCUGGCGUCCUACAUGUUUUCCAAACAAUCUGCCAUUGAAGCUUCUAAUUUGCUAAACACACCUGAUUCAGGUAAUCAGCAGCAGAUAACACAUGAGUUCUGGAAAACCAGCAGGAGGCUGGCCCUUAAGGCCUAGAGUUUGACACUUCUGGACAAAAGCAACACCAUACAGCACAAAUGUGAGCAACUUACGUUAUCCCUAUAAAUACUUCACAAUACACUUAUCAAACGCACAACAAUGGUACAUUCCGUUUUUUUCACGACAUCCCUUAAGGUGGCCGGACAGGCCUCAAGAGAACUGCAAGACAUAUCUACGUUCCCCUUAAGGCGCACCCACUCCUAUCUACCACUCUCCAUGAGCACAUUCAAAACCUUAUAAAAUACUGUAAUACUAAUAGGACAAUUAAAGAUUAAGGAUUUUUUUUUAUGAAAGCAAUAAAAUGUUCACCUUUUGGCUAGGGAUUGCCAAAGCAAAUCCUUUUUCUCUGAUUUGCAUAGGUGUUUUGGCAGAGUUUUCUGCCAGAUGCCCUUCCUGACACAAUCCUGCUGUGUUUUAUCGUUUCAUCUGUAUUGAAAUUUAUAGGAAAAAGCUGUAUUUUUACCUUAGAAAUACGAAUGUUGUUACAGGUAAAUAAAUAUUUUUAAAGAAUAUUACUUGGUAGAAUUAAGGAUUACUUUACAUUUCAUGUUGUUUCUGUGUUUUUAAAAGUUGAUUUGCUCAUUCUGGAUUUCUUUUGGAGACCAUGGACCUUAAGGUUCACUAGCAAGUCUUUCUGUUGUUCCGAGACUCAACUCAAAGCAUGGAGACAUCUUUUCAGUGCAACACCUAAUGACUAUGAAACGGCCAAACAGCAUAAAAAGAGAUAUAACGUCCAGUGUUUGGCCUGAGGAUCCAGUGGAGCUCGUCCCAAACCGUCCAGACCAGACGAGAAGAGGAAGAAGUAGUUUAAAAACAGGCUUAUGGCUCGCCUUUUCAAAUGAGCUUUUAACUUGUGUUUAGCUAUUUAUCCGGCUAAUUUUGAACCUUUUAUAUUCUUCUUUUAUUAUUACAUCUUCUAAAUUACAAUAAGUUAUUGUUUUAUUCUUAUAUUAUUUUUAUCAUUUUUUUUAUUUGGCAAUAAUUGUUUUCUUGUGCAUUAGUAUUUCUAUAUUUUAUUUACUUAAUGUAUUCUAUCUCUCAUUGCCUAUCCUUGAUCAAAGCUGUGUUCAACAGUAAGGUUGUCUGUUCUUGUUAAAGGGUUUAUCCACCUGUAAAGAACUAGGAUGCUUUUCUUUGGGGGGGGGGGGGUCCCUAUACAUUGUCUUUUUUUUUAAAGGUGGUUUGCUUUCAUCUUAUUUCAUAUUUUCACAAAUCGUGUUGGACACUUUGUGCUACAAUUUGUUGUUCAAAAAGUAGCCUAUAAAUAAAGGUUUGAAAUCUGGAAGAAAUUUUCUCAUGCUGCCAAUCUCAACGCUCAGAUCACAAGAAGAGCUCUUUAGUCUGUUAUUGAUCGUAGCACAGUUAAAGAAAUGGCUCACUGACAAUCAGAGCUGUCAGCACGGAGUAAAUCUCCACUCACUGAUCCCCGCUACCAUCUUGUCUUGUAUGUGUGUAUUUGUUCAUACAUUUGUCUGAUUUUGGCUUGUUUUUAUCGCCAAUUUACUUAUGGUUAACUGCUAAUUUUACUGAAUGUAUGGUUUAGUAUAUGUACGUAAUGUAAUGUGUAAUUUUAUUUUGAUCUUUUAGGGUGAUUUUAACAUCUACCUAGGGAAUGCAGAUCAAAAAUAGCCCUUUUGCUAACUCUGGCAUUUUGACAGUAAUGUUUAUUAUAAUGCGCUGUCCCUGUAUCGAUUAAAUAAAUAAGUCUAAAAAAGCAA